UGCUGCUCAUCAUCCAGUUGUGACCCUUUGCAAGUUCUCGUUGCCUCCUGUGGUUGCUGGAGAGUAGGGAGAGCGUCUUGCGCUUCCGAACGCCUAGAUGGAGGGGAUGUCUGGCGGCGGUGGACAGCUGCCUGAAAGAGAGCCGACCCUGGGCAAACGUGGCACUCGGGUAUCCAGAAAGGAUGCCCGCAAGCUAACUAAACAAGUAAACAGAACUUCUGAUCAAGGAAUCUUCUGGGGCAGAAGGGAAGGCGCUUGUAAGCAUGACCACAGAACAUGGUGCUCAGAGCUGGAAUAGCAGAUUAAUGGCCAGAGGGAUUGCAAGAUGCCAGUAUGGACAGAAUAGCUGAUGAUGCUUGUCCCCACCCAUCACUUCCGAGACAUUGAGCGGAAACCAGAAUACCUCCAGCCAGAGAAGUGCACCCCACCUCCCUUCCCUGGUCCCGCGGGAACCAUGUGGUUUAUCCGCGAUGGCUGUGGCAUCGCCUGUGCCAUUGUCACCUGGUUUCUGGUCCUCUAUGCAGAGUUUGUAGUCCUCUUUGUCAUGCUGAUUCCAUCCCGAGACUACGUGUACAGCGUUAUCAACGGAAUUGUGUUCAACCUGCUGGCCUUCUUGGCCCUGGCCUCCCACUGCCGGGCCAUGCUGACGGACCCCAGUACCGAUACCAUCAUGGAGAAGUGCGUCAGACACCACAGGCCCUGGCUCCCAUUACUGCAUUCGAAAGAGCCACCCUGCAGCCCAGUCACACAGGGGGCAGUGCCCAAAGGAAAUGCCACUAAAGAGUUCAUCGAGAGCCUUCAGCUGAAGCCUGGCCAGGUGGUGUACAAGUGCCCCAAGUGCUGCAGCAUCAAGCCCGACCGGGCGCACCACUGCAGCGUUUGUAAGCGGUGCAUUCGCAAGAUGGACCACCACUGUCCUUGGGUCAAUAACUGUGUCGGCGAGAACAACCAGAAGUACUUUGUCCUGUUUACAAUGUACAUAGCUCUCAUUUCCUUGCACGCCCUCAUCAUGGUGGGAUUCCACUUCCUGCAUUGCUUUGAAGAGGACUGGACAAAGUGCAGCUCUUUCUCGCCGCCCACCACAGUCAUUCUGCUCAUCCUGCUGUGCUUUGAGGCGCUGCUCUUCCUCAUUUUUACAUCAGUGAUGUUUGGGACCCAAGUGCACUCCAUCUGCACAGACGAGACGGGCAUUGAACGCCUCCAACGAAAGAAACAGCCCAGGGAGCACUCGGGCAGCUGGAAGUCGGUCCAGGAGGCUUUUGGUGGGGAGUUUUCCCUGAACUGGUUCAACCCUUUCACCAGACCUUGUCAACCAGACACACCCAUUGACAAGGGCUUGGUACGGCAAGUGUCGUCUCUGUCAGACAUGGACAACAUGGAGACAGCUGAGACCCAAUCGGAGGAGACAAAAGAGAGGGAUUCUGUGGAGGUGCUGGAUGAAUAGCGGUCAUGGAGAAUACGACACCAGUGGCUCUGGCUUGAUGAGUACUCCCCAGCUCCCUGAGGCUUCCACAGGCCACUUCCUUGGUGUUGACAAUUGUAGAGGAGAGUGGGGAUGUUCUCUGACUUCCUCUUAGCCGAGUGCGCCAAAAGGGAUGGUCAGGAGCAAUUCUCCAGGCUUGGGAAGGCUACCUAGCCUCCCCCAGCAAGGGAGAUGGUGACCAGGCUGUCCUGGGGGAAGAAAUCCAGGUCUUGUGGGCUGUCUCGGGGAGGCUGAGGGCCUUGGGAAGGAUACUACGCACAGGGAAGAUGAGCCUGGAAGGCUAGAGAAACUCCAGCCAGUGCCAAGGAAAGGGUCCCUUGACUGGCUGGCUGUGGAAGUCAGGACAGGGGAGAGGCUACCGAACCUGCCUUCAGGGCUUGGUUGAAAGAGCGCCCCACACAGCUGCAUGCAGAACCCGCCCAGAUGGGGAUGAGCCUGAGUUACGACAGUAUCGCCCAAAAUUAGGUCCUAUCCUGUCGAUACUAGAGUCUUCCCUGAGACAAAAUGGAGCCAGCACUCUGUGGCUACAAGCUUGCACUCCCAGAGGAGCUGGGGGAGGACUUCUGUUGACCUCUUGAAGAAAGUCGAGUAAGAUGGGGACAGGAGUGGCCCUCUCUGCUGUUAAAGCACUCCCAAGACGGCACCUCACAGAAAGCUGUAUGGCUAGCUCUAGUGCACAUACCUUUAUUCCCAACAUUUGGGGCAGGCAGCCAGAACUCUUGAGUUUGAGGCCAGCCUGGUCUACAUAGUUCCCAGUGAAACUCUGCCUUAAAAACAAUAACAAAAAAGGAACUGCUUGGUGGCCACCCGGAAGACGCCAGAGGGUGGCACACCACCCCGAGUGGCAGCCGCCCCCGGCACUACCAGCUGUGGCUUACUCCACCCUGCUGCGGGCGUUUCCACACAGCAGGCCUGCUUUAACAUUUAGCUCUAACGUGAGGAGCCCUGAGCCCAGGCACACCUGGCUGGCCCAUGAGCCCCAGAGACGGCUCACCGGGGAGAGGGCAGGCCAUUUCUUUCCAGAGUGCUUCCCCUGGAGAGGUUGAGGUGGGCAGGCAUUAGAGCUCUUCCUGCCUCCUCAGCAAACCUGUUACUGUGUCAGGCCCCAAGUCCGGGAGGAGCCGGACUGCCAGGAUCAUGUAGGUGGUUUAGCCCUGGGCCUUGCGCCUUCACACCAGGGCACAGUGGCCUUCACUCCAUGGUGACUCCUGAGAUUCUGCCCACCUCUGCAGCUGAUCAGAGGAGGCCCACCCAGGGUUUCCGGGAGGGAGGCCGGUUGCACACCUGCCUCUUGUUUUCAAUAAAAGUUCUUUGGUCUACCUCUGUGGCUAGAGGUGCCUGUUUUUAGCAGGAGAUACUAGCUCAAAAGCCCUAGCAGCACCCUGCCUCAGGUCCAGUGUGUAAAAUAAGUGUCACGCAGAUGCUAGCAGCGACUUCAUGGGGUUACUAACCGAUCCUUCUUGGACCCAGCAUAGACAAGGCACCUACCAGAUACCUACUGCAUGCCAGAGUGGUGGGCAUCUGGGCAGAAGCAAUCAGUACUGAGGUGUUCUAGUUGGGAGUGAAUGGAGGAGAGAUGAUUAGUGUUCUGGCUAGUUUUAUAUCAACUUGACACAAACUAAAGUCACUUGGGAAGAAGGAGUCUCAUUGGGAAAAUGCCUCCAUAAGUCUGGCCUGUAUGCACAUGUGUAGUACAUUUGAUUGAGGUAGGAGGGGCUGGUCCCUUGGGGCGGUGCCACCGUGGGUGGCCCUGGAUGGUGGAAGAAAACAGGAGCAAGCCAGUGAGCAGCACCCCUCCUGCCUCCAGGCUCCCUCCGAGGUGGACUGUUACCUGAAAAUUAGAUGCAAUAAACCCUUUCCUCCUCA